AUGAUACGCCAGUUGGCGAGACAGUCCGCCAUAGCUGGACCGAGUCGUCAGCUUCUCACUCCCAGAUAUCGAGGGAUAACAACAACGCUUCCAAUCCUCCGACAAGAUGAUCGACUACCAAGAGGACACAUUCGACCUCGUCGAAGACCUAUACAACCUUCCCAACCCUCCGACCCAUCUCAACCCCAAUCAUCACCAGGUCCAUACCCUCAAUACGAUUUCGACCAAUAUGAUCCAUCUACCCUCCAGACUCCCGUCCCUUCCAGACCUGUCUAUAUCCCACCGGAUCCUCAAGGUAUACUCCAGGAUAAUCACGCUGCCAGGGAUUUACUAGCUCAUGAGAGUUUGGUGAUCGUCAGACAGCUGGAGAUGCUGAACGUAUUUAUGGGUUUUGAACAAGCCAAUAGAUAUGCUAUACAUUCACCUGAUGGACAGCAUGUCGGAUUUUUGGCGGAAGAGGAACAAACCAUCUUAUCUGCCAUCUCACGACAGGCUUUACGUACUCAUCGACCAUUCAGAGCUGUUAUCAUGGAUAGAUACGGUAAACCGGUAUUAUGGAUUCGCCGUCCGUUCGCAUUUAUAAAUUCGAGAAUAUUCGUACACGCUCAGGAAGGAUCAGAGGGUAUUUUAGUCGGGGAAGCGCAACAACAAUGGCAUCCAUGGCGAAGGCGAUAUAACUUAUUCCAAAGGAGAGAAGAAGAGACGUUCAAGCAAUUCGCCAAAGUGGAUAGUGGAUUCUUAGCUUGGGAUUUUUGGUUGAAAGAUCGAGAUGAUCGUCUCGUUGCAUCGAUCAAUAGGAAUUUCAGAGGUAUAGGAAGAGAGUUGUUCACGGAUACUGGACAAUACGUUAUUCGGUUCGAUGCUGCUGGUACCGAACUUGAUCUUCCACCAGGAUCAAACAUCAACGUACAGGGACAAUCACUGAUCCUGCCGGAAGGGAAGGAAGGAGGGUUGACUUUAGACCAAAGAGCUAUGACUCUGGCUACAGCAGUGUCGAUCGACUUCGAUUACUUCUCACGACAUUCAGGUAGCGGUGGUAUGGGAUUCCCAUUCGUCUUCUGGGGAGGUGGAGAUGGAGGAGUGGAUGCUACUCAACGUCGACCGUCGGACGUGCAGCCCUCCGACGGGGUGGCAGCAGUUGCAGCAGCCGGAGCUGCUGGAGCGGGAAUGUCAGAGGACGAGCAGAUAUAUGGCCGACAGCCAUCUCAGGAAAGCUCAGAUGAUCCGGAAAGGUAUCCUCCUAGUGCUGAGGGAAUGGAGGGGUAUGAUGAAGAACCAGGAUGGGGAGAUGACGAAGUCAUGCAAGACCCUUGGUCUCAACAGCAAAGUGAUGAUGGAGGAUGGUUUGGGGGAGAUGGUGGUGGAGACUGGGGAUCAUAA